CAACUGUACCAACUCAGUAACUCAGCCUCAAAGAACCUGCCGGUCAGGACUUUCUAGGACAUAGCUGCUCACUUUCCUUCGCACACACAGAAAGUAAGAAAACACCCCGCAAACAUGACCGACACACCAAAAUCCUUCGCCACCGACGUCAACACCGUCGAGGCGCCCCGGGAAGAAGUGUUUGAGCCCAAGAAGAGCGCUGGGUUCUGGACGAGGAAGCGAAAGAUUUGGGCUGGUGGAUGCGCCGGUGUGACGAUUGUCUUGCUGGUCGUCUUGUUGCCAAUUAUCUUCUUCGUCAUUGUCCCCAAAGUUGCACAGAGCUCAAUCAACAACUCCAAGCUGACAUUCAGCGAUGUAUCCAUCACCAACCCCCAGAACUCCACCUUCAACGUCGCCAUGAAGAUCGAAGUCACCGACGCCGGCCACACCGACGCAACAGUGACCAACACCUCCCCCCUGACCGUUUACUGGGUCGGCGGCAUCGACCCCGCAGACAUGACCGAGAAGCCCCUCCUCGAAAUGAACAUGGGCUCCUACUCCGUGUCUGGCGGCAAAGCCACGAUCGAGCAGAACAUCGAGAAUGCCAAGGUCCUCGACGAGCAGAUCUUCACCGCCUUCAACAAGUUCCUCGUCGUGUCGCCAACGUUCAAGUGGAGGAUGGUCGGUGACGUGUCGGUCCACGCCGUCGGAAGGACCUACGAAGGGCUGAAGAUGGACAAGGUCGUUGAGGUCAAGGGCAUGGACCAGCUCAAGGGAGCCUCGAUCAAGGAAUUCCAGCCCCUCGCCGCACCUAACCCCGCCGCCCCCCUCCCCAUCGCGAUGAACGCCACCCUCAUCAACCCCUCCCCUAUCGGAAUCGAGUUGACAAAUGUGUUGUUCAAUGUCACCCUGAUCCCCCCCGGCAGCACCACCCCAAUUUUCCUCGGUACCGCCCUCAGCACUGGAACCACGCUCCUCAAGGGCUCUGGCGAGACCAAGAUGCCGUUGAGGGCCGAGCUGGUGCCCACUGUCGGUCUGCCUCCAUUGUUGCAGAGCGCGCUGGGUUUGGUCUUGUCGGGACAGUUGAACACCAAGCUGACCGUCGUGCCCGUCUCGGUCAAUGCGGAAAACCCAGUGUCUUGGAUCAACAAUGCGCUGAGGGGCCUGCCGUUGGAGGCUGAGUUGGGCAAGAAGGAGGCUACGGCUUAAACCUCAUCCCCGCGUAUUCCACACCACCCAUCACAACCCUCCCUCUUCUCCCCUUCUUGUCGUACUCCGCCUGGCGCGGCAGGUCGGCAGUAGUGCCAAAUAGUAUCUCAUUUUGAAUAGGGCGUUAGGUUUGUCUCUUAAUGUUUACAAAUUGC